AUGGCUCACUCGAUGGACAACAAUGGACGCGACUCGAGCUCGAUUCGCAGCGGCGGUGGUGCUGGCGCUGGCGGGGGGUCCACGGAAUUUCUACAGUCGUCAGCCAUGGCAAGACCCCCUGCACAGACGACUCUCACCGCCUCAUCGUCGUCGAACUACGCCUCUAGCGUGUCUAGUGACAGCCAGAUUCAGACAGGGGGCCUCCCCGGAACACCUGUUACCCGACGCUCAGGCGGAUGGGACCGGCAAACGCUCUCCCCGGCAGCGGCUGCAAGGGAGGACCAUGUCGUUAAGACGAACAGUGUAGAGGACUCCUCUGAUUCUUCGGAUGAGUUUGUUACGAGUUACAAGCCUAUGGAACGGGUACGGUUUGGUGCCGAACAGCCAGUCAUUCAACAUACCGUUAUCAUCAAUAUCUUCAAGGGACUUCACUUAUCACCGAUAACGUCAAGGCCGAAGCGGGUGCUUGAUGUCGGUACUGGACCUGGAACAUGGGCAUUGGAAUUUGCCACGAAAUACCCUUCCUGUUCUGUUUUAGGCGUCGAUAUUGAACCAGUCCAUCCACCAUAUACAAAAUCCAACUGCAGCUUUAAAACAUUCGAUGUCACACACGACUGGGAUAUUUUCAAUGGCGGCAACUUCGAUUUCAUUCACGUCCGACAACUAGGCGAUAUUGGAGAUAAGAGGAAGUUAGUCCAAUCGGCAUUUGACAAUUUGAGGCCAGGAGGAUGGGUUGAGUUCACAGAAUGGAUAGCCAUCCUACAAUCACCGAACCACUCAUUAAACGGCACCGCAUUCCGAACAUGGAACGAUUUACUGGAGCAAGGGAUGCGGAAUUUUGGCACAACACUGAAAUACCCGGAAAAAUUCAAACCCUUCCUACAAGAAGCCGGGUUUGAGCGCAUCAUCGAGACGAGACACGGAGCGCCGACGAAUGCAUGCUAUCCUGGGAAGAAGUUACAACGCAUAGGGCAUCUUAUGACGCAGAAUUGGUUGUUUAUUCUUGAGCCAUUGACGAUGCCCGUUUUUACACAAGGCUUGGGUUGGUCGCCGGAGCAGGUCAAGAAGUUUCUGGUGGAUGUGAAGAAAGAGAUUGGGAACACAAAAUACCAUUCAUUUAUGACAUUAAUAACGAUAUGUGCUCAAAAGCCGUCACCUGGUUCAUCCACACCAUCAAAUUCCGCGCCAGCUUCAGUCUCGGCGUCAGUGUCGACUUCUAUGUCGGAAUCUUCUAUGCCACAAUGA